AUGGCCCCUCCCACCGCCACCGAAACCACCAUCUUCUCUCCCGUUCCCACCCAAACCCAUUCCACCCAAGAAUCGGCUGCCGAAGCCGCUAAAGUGAAGAACACCCCCCAGAAAUUCCCACAACCACCAGUCUUCGAAGACAAGUACAAGGAGCGCGAGUAUCUCAAAGGUCGACUGGCAGCCGCAUUCCGCAUUUUCGGCAAGAAUGGCUACGAUGAAGGUAUGCCAUCAUCACUCAUCCCUACUACGCACAUCCGAAUAACCUCGGCUCGAUGGGAUUGGCAACUCAUACUAACUUUUGUUCCAGGCGUGGCAGGACAUAUCACACUCCGUGAUCCCGUCGACCCAACCACCUUCUGGGUGAACCCCUUUGGCCAAGCAUUUUCGCAGAUCAAGGCAUCCGACUUGAUCCAUGUGAGCCACGCCGGGGAAAUCAUUGGCGGUGGACCUGUCCGGCUGCUCAAUGCUGCUGCUUUUAUGAUUCACUCGGCCAUUCAUGCUGCUCGGCCGGACGUGCUCUGCGCUGCGCACAGCCACAGCAUUCACGGACGGGCUUUUUGUACUCUCGGACGGCCGCUGGAUAUCAUCACGCAGGAUGCGUGUGCAUUCUACAAUGAUAUCGUCCUGUACAAUCAAUUCAACGGCAUCGUGCUGGCCGAAGAAGAGGGCAAGAGCAUUGCUCAAGCCCUAGGCACCAAGAAAGCCGCACUGCUGCAGAACCACGGGCUUUUAACUGUAGGACAAUCCAUCGAGGAGACGGUGUUCUGGUUCGUCAGUCUAGAGAAGUGCUGCUACGUGCAGCUCAUGGCCGACGCCGCAGCCGCAGGCCGGGGCGGACAGACCGUCAAGGUAGACGAAGCGGAUGCAGCAUUCACAUACAAGUCCGUCGGCACACCAAAGGCAGGGUAUUUUAGCGCGAAGCCCAUGUUCGAUUUGAUCCACGAGGAAACCGGAGGAAGCUAUCUGAACUAG